GUCACUGUGAAGCUGAAGAACCGACAAGUCCACUUUCUGCACUUCUGUGAGUAAAAAAAGAAAGAAGUUAAACUAAGUUUAACUUAUUUUUUGUCAUAUACUUAUUGCUGAAAAGGAGAGAAGGGAACUACUGAAGAGUUGAGAAGUGAAAUGGCACAACGAGGAAAUCUGAUAGAACCAGAUAAAUACUCUUGUUCCAUUUGUUUGGAUCUACUGAAGGAUCCGGUGACUAUUCCCUGUGGACACAGUUACUGUAUGAACUGUAUCAAAGACUUCUGGGAUGGAGAAGAUCAGAGGAGAAUCAACAGCUGCCCUCAGUGCAGGAAAAAGUUCUCAUCAAGGCUUGUCUUGAUGAAAAACUUCAUGUUCGCAGAGUUGGUGGAAGAUCUGAAGAAGACUGGACUCCAAGCUGCUCCAGCUGAUCACUGCUAUGCUGGACCUGAAGAUGUGGCCUGUGACGUCUGCACUGGGAGGAAGAUGAAAGCUGUCAAGUCUUGUUUGGUCUGUUUGGUUUCUUACUGUGGGAAUCAUCUCCAACCUCAUUAUGAUGUCCCUGGAUUGAAGAAACACAAGCUGGUGAAUCCCUCCAAGAAUCUCCAGGACAACAUCUGCUCUCGUCAUGAUGAGGUGAUGAAGAUCUUCUGUCGUACUGAUCAGCAGUCUAUCUGUUAUCUCUGCACUAUGGAGGAACAUAAAGGCCAUGAAACAGUCCCAGCUGCAGCAGAAAGGGCUGAGAAGCAGAAGAAGCUCCAGGUGAGUCGACAACAAAUCCAUCAGAGAAUCCAGGACCAAAAGAAAGAUGUGAAGCUGCUUCAACAUGAGUUGGAGGCCAUCAAUGUCUCUGCUGAUAAAGCAGUGGAGGACAGUGAGAAGAUCUUCACUGAGCUGAUCCGUCUCCUCCAGGAAAGAAGCUCUGAKRUGAAGCAGCAGAUCAGAUCCCAGCAGGAAACUGAAGUGAGUCGAGUCAAAGAUGUUCAGRAGAAGCUGGAGCAGGAGAUCAGUGAGCUGAAGAGGAAAGACGCUGAGCUGGAGCAGCUCUCACACACAGAGGAUCACAACCAGUUUCUCCUCAACUACCCCUCACUGCCAGCACUCAGUGAGUCGACACACUCAUCCAGCGUCAAGAUUUGUCCUCUGAGAUUCUUUAGGAAUGUGACAGCAAAUGUGUCAGAGCUCAGAGACAAACUACAGAACGUCCUGAGAGACACAUGGACAAACAUUGAACUGAUCAUGCCUGUGGUGGAUGUUUUACAACCAAAAUCAGAACCAGAACCAAAGAACAAAGCUGGGUUCUUAAAAUAUUCACAAGAAAUCACUCUGGAUCCAAACACAGCAAAUAGGAAGCUGGUGUUAUCUCAAGGAAACAAAAAAGCAACACUAAUGGAACAGCAACAGUCUUAUCCUGAUCAUCCAGACAGAUUCACUGAUUGUGAUCAAGUUCUGAGCAAAGAGAGUCUGAAUGAACGUUGUUACUGGGAGGUUCAGUGGAGAGGAGGAGGGGUUAAUAUCGCAGUUUCAUACAAGAAUAUUAGCAGAGCAGGAUGGUCAAAGGAAUGUUUAUUUGGAUUUAAUGACAAGUCCUGGUUAUUAUGCUGUGACACAGAAAGUUACACAUUUUAUAACAGUGGAGUUAAAACUCCAGUAUCAGGUCCAGUUUCCUCCAGAAUAGGAGUGUACCUGGACCACAGAGCAGGUAUUCUGUGUUUCUACAGCGUCUCUAAAACCAUGAUUCUCCUCCACAGAGUCCAGACCAGAUUCACUCAGCCUCUGCAUGCUGGAAUUCAGCCAUAUUACGGAUCCACUGCUGAAUUCAGGAAAUUAAAAUAGAAAUCACAAUACCAAACAUAUUUAUUUUAUUGUCUGAGGGGAAUAUGAAAAUAUUGGAAGAACCGUCAUUUCCUAUUCACCUAGAUUUAUUGAUUAUCAGGUUCUGAGCAGAGAACAUCUCACUGUUACAGGGAGAUGGAGUGGAGAGAAGAAGUUAUUUAUACAAGAACAGCAGCAGAGAGGAAAAGUCAGAGGAAUGUAUAUUCUCAAAUCUUAGCGCUAUGUUGUCAUGUAGAAAGUUUCAAAGUAUGUAACAACUUUGUCAACACUUAAGUAUAUGGUCCACCAGUUAUUCUGUCUCUACAGCUUCUCUGAAACAAUGACUAUCUUCCACAGAAUCCAGACCAGAUUCACUCGAACGUUACUUAUUGGGGUUAGACCUUACUUUUAUGGAGACUCUGCUAAGUUCAUUAAAACUACAGUCAACAAUGAUCUGAGGUUCAAUUGUUUAAAAUAUUUAUUUUAGUUUCAGUUUCUUUAUAGAGUUCAUUGUUGCCCUUGCUUCACUGCUCAGAUAUCAGAGCGAUGUUUCACAAAGUGGGAUUACGAAAUCCAGGGUAAGAGAUAAAGCCAGGUUUGACAUAGCACUAUCAGUUCAUCCUGGAUUUAUCCGUUUCACAAAGACUAAGCUACAUUCAGGACGUGCAACUACGUCAAACCAGGCUUAAGUAAUUCAGGUGAACAGAUUUCUUCAGCAGACCAAUGAGAUCAAUCAGAUUCAUUGAUGCUACACUAGAUAAAUUGCAUAUGUCACAUCUCACACCAAAUGAACAACUGCUUUUGAUUGAGGAUUAUGAGGAACUGAAGCACACCAUAAUAAAGAAAAAAACUGCUGCUACUUUAUCAAACAAUAACGGAUUGAUUAAAUGCAUAAUUAGCCCAAAAUAUACAUUUCCAAAUUAUUCUUAAAUAUAAAAUAUCAUAAUCAUAUCUGGAUGUCAACAUUAUAACAUGUGAGUCUAACAGUAGAUUCAAUAAUGUUACUCUUUUUUGUUCUACAUCUUAUCAAUAUUUAUACAGAACAAACAUAAUAAAAGUGUCAAGAUUAAAUAUAAGAACAUUUGCGGUAUCUGGGAACUAUGUGGACAAAAUAUUGACUACAAUGUGCAAAUGGUUAACUAAUAUCUGACAAGGUAUAAGACCUGAAUACCCUUUAGUUACUUUUACAUAUUGUCAACUUCAUGUUAUGCUUUUGUUUUGAAUAGACAAUUUCUUGUUUAGCUGUAAGCGUAAAGGCCACUUAAUAGCUAUCAAAAGACAGAAGUUGUAACGGAGUAUAUAAAAUGAAUCAUAUUAGCAGCCCUCUUGAUGGGCUGAAGGGAGCCUAUCUUUAUGAUGUAAAUAAGUACUGCUUUUAAAUAUUGUGUGAUAUGCUAGAACUAAAGCUAAUUUACUACAGUUUAUUUUAAGUUGAGUUAAAAUUAAUCAAUGAAGUAUAUAAAGUAUGCCACUACUAAUAUGUUAUGACUUGAUUACAAUAUUUUUGUUUCUUUAUGGGCCAUUUGUCUAAUACCCUCAAAGGCCUUUUAAUUAAGCCAUGAUAUCUGGAAAUUCCUGGAUUAUUUAUGAGUCUACUUUGUCAUCUUAUUUGUUGUUUUAUUAAUGUUGGAGGUUUUUUGUGUAGUGCCUCUUCCUGAUUCUGUUCAGCCAUGGAGGCUAUCACUGACUUUGAUUUUCCUAAACUAAUAACCUUUAGAUUUAUUGCUUUGUCAGAUCAAAUGUUGUUUAGAUACAUGUGCAGAUGAACUGUAAUUAGAACUAUAAUUAUCAUCAUCAGUCAGGACAGUCUUUAUUUUACUGGACAAAUAUAAGAUUCUCAAUUAAACUGAUUGUAGGAAUGAAUCAACAAGAUCAGAAAAUUGCUUAACUUUACUGGGUGAAAAGUUCUGAUAUAUUUUGGUUCAACUGAAAUGUCCCGACAUGCAUUCAGUCAGACACUACAAGCUUGAUAUUUAAAACUGAAAUCUUCAGUUCAGUAACAAUAUUGUUAGUUGAUGUUGAGUGAAAAGUUUUUUGUUUGUAUUAAAAAAGAUUCAGAAGCAGAACAGUAUAUCAAUUUUUAUAUUCAUGAACCUGAAAACAUUACUUACAAAUCAAAUAGUUAUAGAAAAUUGUGGUAGUAUUGCUCAAUAUGAACAGAUAAAUAUUUUUAUCCUUGUGUUCUUCUGUUGUUUCUGAGUAUAUAUUUUCUAUGUUAUGCAUUUGAUAACAUUUAAU